UUGAAAUAGACUGGGGACCUUGUCUCCUUGUCUUUAGACUCUCAGUUCAUGUCCUUCUCCAUCUCUCUCUCUCUUUCCUCUCACUGUAACUGACAGAUUCAUUCUAAUUCUAUUUUAUUCCAACCGCGCAGUCAUUUUCUCUCUUCGGACAAAGCAAAGCCAUUUCAAUCUUCCAUUCCAUUGGUUCUUUUUCCCCACUGUACAUACCUUCCUAUUCUGCCGGCUAUGGUCGGCUAUUCGCAUUCACAUUCCACUCUCUCUUCUUUCUAUAUCUUUUCCAUACUCACAACCUUUUCAACAUCAACAAAAGUCCAUUAACAUGGGCUGUGUUCAAGCCAAACCAUCACAAGAAUCUGAUGAAGGUAAUUACAGUGGACUAAACAGAUUCAAAAUGGAAAAUGGGUAUGUUCCAAGUUCUGAUUUUGUUGCUCACAGAAGAUCCACUGGUCAGAGUCAAAAACAUGUUCUUGACCAGACUAACAACUAUGAUCAUCAUCGUGUUUAUGAGAAAGAGAAACAACCCAGAAAACAUAAAGUAGUUGUUGAUUCUAGUAGUGUUGCUGGAAAAGGAAAGAGAAAUGGUGAAUUGAAAGAUAGUAAGAAGCAGUUGAACAAGUGUUUUGAUGAUGAGAUGGUUGAUGGAUGGCCUAAAUGGUUAGUUGAUAAUGUUCCUUCUCAUGGGUUGGAUGGUUUGGUUCCAAAGAGUGCUGAAUCUUACAAAAUGAUUGAUAAGGUAGGACAAGGAACCUACAGCAAUGUUUAUAAAGCUCUAGAUCGAGACACGGGUGAUAUCGUGGCAUUAAAAAAGGUCCGGUUCAAUACGUCGGAGCCUGAAAGCAUUAAGUUUAUGGCAAGAGAAAUUGCGAUAUUACAGAGAUUGGAUCAUCCGAAUAUAGUGAAACUUAAAGGGUUAGCCACUUCAAGAAUGCAGUACAGUAUAUAUCUAGUUUUUGAUUUCAUGCCCACAGAUUUAUCAAGAAUUAUUUCUCGACCCGAUGAAAGACUAACCGAACCACAGGUCAAGUGCUAUAUGCAUCAAUUGCUUUCAGGUCUUCAGCAUUGUCAUGAUAGAGGAAUUUUGCAUCGAGAUAUAAAGGGGUCGAAUCUUUUGAUAGAUAAAACGGGGAUGCUUCAGAUUGCAGAUUUUGGACUUGCUAAUUAUUAUAGUACAAAUCAAGACCAACCUCUCACAAACCGGGUUGUGACACUAUGGUACCGAGCUCCAGAGUUGUUGUUAGGCUCCACAGAUUAUGGAGUUGGCAUUGAUCUAUGGAGUGCUGGUUGUCUCCUUGCAGAAAUGUUUAGAGGAGUUCCAAUCAUGCCUGGAAGAACUGAGGUUGAGCAACUUCAUAGAAUUUUCAGGCUAUGUGGCACACCAUCACAAGAGUAUUGGAAAAAGUUGAAACUUUCUACAACUUUUAUACCUCCAAAGUCUUAUAGACCAAGUCUGGUAGAAUCUUUCAAGGAUCUCCCCCCAUCUUCUUUAGGUCUCUUAUGUACACUUCUUGCUUUAGAUCCCGCAUUUCGUGGCAGUGCAUCUAAAGCUCUUAAAAACCCGUUUUUCUUUACAAGCCCAUUGGCUUGUGAUCUAUCUGGUUUACCUGCAAUCUACAAAGGAGAUGAUGAGCAUAUUCUAGCCAAAGAACAGAUCAAGUACAUGAACUCUAAAAUCAGGCGUUCUCGUACAUAUAUGGAGCGUCGCAAGAAUUUAGCAUCUAAUAAGCCAAUCGAACAUACCGUAUCCUCUAAAGAGGUGAGUAUUAAACCUGCUUUAGAACAUCGUGCGACUAAUGAAAAUAAUUUUUUUAUUUAUUUCGCAAACGAUGCUAUAAGAGUAUGGUUAUUAUUUCAGGUAUUGAGUAAUAAUGCUGAGGCUGAAACUUAUGCUCCAAGUGAAGAACCAGGUAGUGCAACAAGUAGUACUUCAUCAAGUGUAAACCAAGCUGGAAUUGGGGACCAUUCACCUCUCUUUCUCUCUCCAUUUAUGGCUUCUGAUCAAAAGAAGCCCCACAAAAUCCACAGUCAUGCUAAUAUUGGUGAAAAAAACACCAAGAACCUUCCUCCAUUAUCCAAGUCAAAACCAAAUGCAACCAAGAGAGAUGAUAGCAGAUACAGAUCAGACCAGAUUUUCAGGUCCACUUCCACCAGAGAAUUUAGAAAGUUAAAACCAGAUCAACAUUUACUCUUUGAUUAGAAAAUCCAAGAAAUUUUGUAUACCGAAAAAAUUGAUUAUUUUAUUAUUUCAUUUGAUUUGAUGUAUUUUGAAAGUUCAUCUACAUAUUCUAUAUUAACAAUUGAUUAUUUUCUGGUUUGGUGCGAAUAAUCAAAGUAUUUAUUUACUAAUACAUGUCAUUGUUAAGGCUAGCAUAUUUUAAUUGUUCACGUCAUACAUU